AUGGCAUCUCAACUCCCCUCUCCCUUACCAAAUGCCUUUCCGCCGAAAGAUAUCUCGGCAGUCAAAGCAAUGGUAACUCAUCUAUGCAACGAAAUCGGACUCCCCCCAGGUAUCAUCCGAAUCUCCGGAAUAAAAAGCGGUAGCAAGCACAAUAUCAUAUUAUUUACAUGGAUUCUAACCAAUCUUCCCCCCGGUAGUCGCAUGGCUCCUUGCAAACACUAUGUCUUGCGGACCCCCAAAACACAAGGAGCAAUCCCCGACCUUUGGAUCCAGAGAGCCGCCGCUUUCGAUUUCAUCUCCGCCAAGCACUUUGAAGUUCCCAAACUAUACGCUUAUGAUGCUAGAUGCGGAAACGCCAUCAGAUCUCCAAAACAAGUGGAAGGGUACACUUUACUGGAAAAAUAUCGUGUGUUGUACAACAAUUAUCUCACAUACGGCUAUUACAAGCCAGCUAGUGAUUACGGAGAAGCUGCAUCUAUGAUAUCCAUGUAUAUUGAGAGACAAGAAUUGGCGUAUCAAUUUGAGUGUUACGGUACUUUUCAGCCCGUUCAGGGAAUGGCUCUCCAGAGUUCCUUUCCUGAUAGAGUCAAGGAUCGAAUUGGAUUGGUUGUCAAACCAUUCACGAAUACUUUAUCCAUGAGAGCUAAUUCGAAGGGCCAUCGACUUUAUACUCGAAUUACUAUUUAUACAAGAAAUCCGGAUCAGGAAGUUAAAUACCGGAAGAUUCGCCAUAUAGCUUUAUGUAUCAAGGUUUUGGACAACAAUGAUAUUUAUCGUGCUGCACAUAGACCCGAGCCCUCUGUUCUUUGGCAUCCGAAUUUCCAGCCCAGCAAAAUCAUGAUGACUGCAACGCCUCAUUACUGUGAAGCUAUAUCCGGCGUAUCGAAUGACGACCCCACCCGAAUGGAAUCUUACAACUAG